GAUUUUUUUCCGCACCGUGAAGCGCGCUGCUUUCUUCGCCUGAGGAGUCGCGGUGUGACGAUUUUGAAUCAUACGAUCCAGUUUGCGCUGCCCCGACCCCUGUUGGCCGUCGACGCCUCUGACGUACACCCGCCGGUUGUCCACCAUCAAGAUUUCGUAUACAUUCUCUGCAUCCCGGCGUGCCUACGCAGCGAUCUGGCCCUCCUUAUCAUUGCCGAUUCCGAAACUUAAAACCCUUGGCCUGGACCACGGGAAUAUUCUACAGUUCUUGCCCGCUUCUGCUUCUCAUUUUUCUUCUCCAAGCCAGCCACAGGCCUUGACACCAUGUCUCGCUUCCGGUCCACGUCGGUGACUGUCGAGGACGAAGCCCCGCAGCGAUGGGAUCGUGAGAAGUUCGAGAGGAUCAGAAAUCGUGGGGCAUACGAGCGGGAUGACUUCCGCUUCGACGAGCGUGAUCGGUACGGCCCGCGAGGCGUCGUUCGCGACGUCGCUGUCGAAGACCGCAUCGACCGCCGCGGGCCUCGCGGUCGUUUCGACGAGGACUUCAGAUACUACGAGGAGGACAGACUUGCACCUGGCAGGAGGCGGAUGUCCUUCUUGGAUGAGCCUGUACCUGCCGAAGCUGCCCACCGCGCACUUGCUCCAUACCGGUCACGAGAAUAUGUCGACCCUCCGCCGAUGCGACGGCCAGCACGGCCCAUGUUUGUCCGACGACAGAGCAGUUUAGAUACCUUUGACCGACGGCCUCUUCCUCGCUACGGUGACGAGUACAGGCUCCCAAGUGAUGUUCCUAUUCCACUUCCCAUUCGUCGGCCCCGCUCUCCGCCUCGCCACUACUACGAUGACUAUGAAGAGGUCAGCUACCGAGACCUGCCCGCACGCGGAAGAGAUUACGACGAGUAUCGCGACAUAAAGAUCAAGCGAGAGAAACGGAGCCGCAGCAGGAGGCCUGCCUCAGUGCAAUCUUCCAGCUCGAGUGAAUCCAGCUUCGAGGAAAUCACGGUACCUGAGCCGCCAAAGAUCGGCAAAAAAGGCAAGACUCGGAUGCCGAAGCGUCUGGUGCACAAGAAAGCGAUCAUCGAGAUGGGCUUGCCCUUCGAGGAGGAAGGGGAUUUCAUCAUUGUGCAACGAGCGCUCAUGAAGGAGCACAUCGAUACCAUCAUCGAAAAGUCGAAAGCAUACAGAGAAGAGAAAACAGUUUUCAAGUAUACAGAAGAUCGUGACGACUUCAAGGAAGAUGCAAAGAGCGAAAAGGCUGAGGAAAAGGUCGAAGAUGAGACAGUCAUCAAGAAGACCACCAUUAUCGAGGACGUUCCUCCACCACCAGCGCCUCCUCCUCCAAUGUCCGUCCGCGCACCAUCCCCAGCUAGAACCGAAAAGAGCACCCGUUCGCAUCAUUCUCACCAUACACACCAUUCGCGCCACCCCGCCGAGGAAACAAAGAUUGUCGAGCGGGAAACGGUUGCCGAAAGCAACCACAUCGGCGGGCCCCUUACCGUUCUUGCCCCGCAGAAUAGACACAGAGAUGAACACGAUAUCCAACGCGAAAUUCGCGAGCUCGAGCGGGAACGCCGGCUGCUCAAACUUGAGCGCGAGUCUCGUGACGGCGAUUACGAACUCAUCGAACGGGUGGACAGAUGGGAGGAUGGACCGAGACGCGAUCGGGCACGGAGUAAGAGCGUUAUUCGCGUGGAGAAGGAUCGGAAGGGUAGGUUGGCUCUCGUGAGGUCGACCCACUGAACUACGCGUACAAGGUGGGUUGAAUCCUUGACUUGAGAUGCCAAUCUGGCUUUCUCAGAUCUGCAGUCGAACAAAACAACAUACGCUAACCCCCGUGAUAGCACGCAGUAGGGCUCCAAAUCCGAAGUUGGUCGCUCUGGCCAUGUCGACACUGGCUUAAAGAUAUUGGCCUCCUUGAAUUUAUCUAUUUCUUUACCAAGACACUUCUUAAUCAAUGGCGUUGUGUGCUCACUUUGAACACAUUCCAGGCAAGAAUCUUGUUUCCGUCACGUUAGCGAGGGAUCAGCGCAGGAGCCAUCUGGUGCAUGUAUACUGGGAAGCUUCUGCAUAAGCAAAGGCGCUUGGGAAUCUUUCAUGUUGGCACAAGAAAUUUGAGCAAUCGCGUAAUACAUGAUUACGAAGUGUACGAUAUCCUACCGGCAGGAAGAGAAUGCUAUGUAAUUGGAAACAUGGUUGUAUAUCAGUUGAUGCUCUCUUGUUCUUUGCAACAACCACAAACGCACGGAAAACUGAAGUGAUUUACAAAAUGCCCCAAGAGAACGAAUUCGAGAAGACUUGAGCAGUUUCGACAGAGGAGUCAUCACACAUCCGUACGCUCGCAGAGCGUAUUUUCUCCAUGAUUGGAAUAGGUAUCCAAGUCUUGAGUCUCUCUCGUCCGGCUGCCUUUUUUUUUU